ACGAGGGAAGAAGGAGGAAGAGGAGUUGGAGGGGAGACGAAGGGGAGGAGGAAGCCGUCCCCUCUCUCUCUCUCUCUCUUUCUCCCCCCCACACUGUCUCCCUCUCUCUCUCUUUCUCUCCCCCCGCCCACUGUCUCCCUCCCUCUCUCUUUCUUUGUGCUCGACUUCCGUGGGGGCAAUCAGACGUCCUCAGACAACGAAAAGGAGGAAGAAGGAAGAUACCAGGACCCUUUCUUUUUGGGGGCAGAGGGAAAGAGAUGAAGGGUGGUCGGGAGAGCCGUGAGAUCAUCAGGAGGACGAGGAUAUUCCUCCUCUGCAUUGCCUGCUUUUUCGUCGGAACGCUCGUCACCAAUAGGGUGUGGUUUCCUCCCGAAGCAGGUGGGCAAAUUAUCACGAGAAGACAGCAAGAACAGGGGCUGAAGAUCGUAGAUGGAUGUACAAUGAAGAGGAAGCUUGGCCAAGACAGAGGUGCAAUUGAAGAGGUUCACAGGACCUAUGAAGCUGUCCAGAUCUUGGAUAAAGCUAUAUCUACACUGCAAAUGGAGCUAGCAGAUACACGUAGGAAACAGGAGAACAACAUUGAAGGCUUACCUCCGGCACUGAAAUCUUCUUAUGAUGUUCAGUCACGGAAGAAAGCUUUUGUUGUGAUUGGCAUAAAUACAGCCUUUAGUAGCAGAAAGAGAAGAGAUUCCGUUAGAGAAACCUGGAUGCCACAAGGACAGAAGCUGAUGCAGUUAGAACAAGAGAAGGGAAUUGUUGUCCGUUUUAUGGUUGGUCAUAGUGCUACAUCCAACAGUAUCUUGGAUAAAGCAAUUGAUUCAGAAGAUGAACAACAUAAUGAUUUCCUUAGACUGGACCAUGUUGAAGGAUAUCACGAACUUUCUGCAAAAACAAAGAUAUUCUUCUCCACUGCAGUGGCUAAAUGGGAUGCUGAGUUCUAUGUUAAAGUAGAUGAUGAUGUACACGUUAAUUUGGGCAUGCUCGCUGCCACUCUUGCCCAACACCGUUCUAAGCCUAGGGUUUACAUUGGCUGUAUGAAGUCUGGACCAGUAUUGUCGCAGAAGACUGUAAAGUAUCACGAGCCAGAACAUUGGAAGUUUGGUGAAGAAGGAAACAAUUAUUUCCGGCAUGCAACUGGACAGAUAUACGCUAUCUCAAAGGACCUUGCAACUUAUAUUUCGAUCAACCAGCCCAUCCUACACAAGUACGCAAAUGAAGAUGUCUCUCUUGGUUCUUGGUUUAUCGGGCUGGACGUUGAGCAGAUUGAUGAGCGAAAUAUGUGCUGUGGAACUCCACCAGAUUGCGAAUGGAAGGCACAGGCCGGAAAUGUGUGCAUUGCAUCCUUCGAUUGGGGUUGCAGUGGCAUUUGCAAGUCAGUGGAGAAGAUCAAAGAUGUUCAUGCACGAUGUGGUGAAGGAAUUGAAGCUGUUUGGAGUGCUCUCUUCUAAAUUUUAAAGGGAUCGGUGGACGUUCGACAUUUCUGUUAUUCUUUCCUGGGGUUCUCGCUGAUCCCCUGCCUCAGGCUGACUUUGAAUUGAUGAUAGAGGGCAUCAAUAUUACACAUUACGAAAUUGGGGCUCAUACAAAAUGUUCAAGUGAGCAGUACUGCAUGCCGGUGGCAUGUGCGGUCCAUAGCCUUUGUGUUCGAAACCGAGCAUCUUUCUGUCUAUCAUUCUUGUUUAUAUUCUUUUUGCUUCUAAAUUGGGCUUGCAGCGUUUUCUCAGGCUGCAGGCGAAUGUUGUACUUCAGUCUCUAACAGCAAAAUUUAAUGUACUUGGCCGUUUUUUUA